AUGUCCAUCUUUUCAGGCAUUCGCAAGAGCCGCCGGCAGGCCAAGGAGCACAACGCCAAGCUUGCAGAGCAGAAAAAGCUCGAGGAAGAAAAGGUCCCUUACAAGCAUGUUCCGACACACGCCGCCACAGACGCCUUUGCCAGCGCGCCGCCCAGCUGGCGGGAGGCAGACCGAACUCGCAUUGUCGAGCAGAACCGGAGGAGGAGCGCAAUGGCAGCCAGCGGCCACCACAUGAACAUGCCCGGUGUUCCUCGCGUCGGCAGCAGCCUGUCUCACGUGUCCUAUCCGGGACAAGAUGUUACCCCAAGCGCUCGCCUGCCGCGGGCUUACAGCUACAACGGGGUGUCGCCUUAUGUAAUGCAGGGUCGAGACGUCGUAUACUCUGUGCAAGACGGUUCAUAUUCUCAACCGCAGUUGAAGGGAAAGGAGAUUAUCAGGGGUAUCGGCUAUGACCAGCAACGCAUAAGCCCAACCCCUAGCAAAGGAGAUGACCCCUCACCAGUGGAGAGCUCGGCGGGGUCUACCAGCUCUCAAGACGACCUCGAGAUGCGUCCAACUCGACCUACCGCAACAAGACCGACAGAAGCAGCGACGCACCGGCUGCAUCCCGCUCACAAGCGACGUACCUCCGACGCCUCGGUUGAGAGGCUUGCCAUGGCAAACUCGGCAAAGGGCAUGGGUCUCUCCCACUAUGGCCGAGACUCGCGUCCACCACCCUCGAUGAGAGGUGAGGCCUCUGUGGCUGCCCAGACGAGAAGCAAGGAGAGAAGACCGGCUAGAACGGCCCGUUUCUCCGAGCUAGAGCGGAUCGAUUCCAUGGGGUCGGAGACGAUGCAGCGAAGAAGUCCAGCACCGAUUCCACCCCCUGUCGCACACGAGGACAUUAUCAACGUUUUCCCCGAGCCAGCGUCCAUGCCUGAGCCAGUCAGCUCGUCCAGCAACAAGAGCAAGAGAUUGUCCAAGAGCGGCGGCAAGUUGCUGAAGAAGUCACGGUGGUACAGCUCCAAGCCUUCGGCUGUCGCCAGUGCGGAGCUUUGGCUGGCCAAGACUCUCCUGAAGUGGAUCUAA